UCGUGCCGAACGAACUCAAAAAUGGUGAACGUACCAAAACAGCGCAGGACGUACUGCAAAAAAUGUAAAUGCCACAAAGUACACAAGGUAUCACAGUACAAAAAGUCCAAGGAAAGGCACGCUGCCCAGGGUAGAAGACGUUAUGAUCGUAAACAGCAGGGUUACGGUGGUCAGUCCAAACCCAUCUUCAAAAAGAAGGCAAAAACCACUAAGAAAAUUGUGCUCCGUCUUGAGUGUGCCGAUUGCAAGGUGAGAUCACAGGUUGCAUUGAAGAGAUGCAAGCACUUUGAGCUCGGUGGUGACAAGAAGAGAAAGGGACAGAUGAUCCAAUUUUAAAUGCUUCUAAUAAAUAAGACCAUUGCCUA